AUGGACGAGAUGUGCACAUCGAACGCAGCGGACAGCGGCCAAGGAAGUCGCUUUCAGCUAAAAAAAUGGAACGCUGUUGCGCUUUGGUCCUGGGAUAUUCAGGUGGACACCUGCGCUAUCUGUAGAAACCACAUUAUGGAUCUGUGCAUCGAGUGUCAGUCAAAUCCAUCGUGCGCACCGAAGGACUGCACCGUAGCGUGGGGCGCUUGCAAUCACGCUUUUCACAUGCACUGCAUUUCUCGAUGGCUAAAAACGCGGAAUGUGUGCCCUUUAGAUAAUAAAGAGUGGGUAUACCUUCGAUACGGAGCGUGA